AUGGAUCAGCAAGACCUAAACAAGCUCCAAACCAAUCUAUCUGAUGCUGAGAUACGACUGGCCUCCAUUAUUGAAUCGUUCAUAGAGCUUGGCGUUUCUGUGUAUGAUUUCCCUGGAACGCAGGAAUCUACACAAGGCAUGGUCACCAACCUGAAGAGGAACGUUGAGCGUAUCAAACUGCUAAACCAACAUGCAAAUGAUCCUGAUUCGCAGCUGCGCAACAUGAACAUCCCACUAGAGGUCCUACAGUACAUUGAAGACGGCCGGAACCCCGAUGUGUACACAAGAGAGUUUGUUGAGGCAAUUCGUCGCUCAAACCAGUACCAGAGAGCAAAGAUGCACGCGCUGAAAAAAUUGAGAGACUCACUAGCUGAGAAGAUCGGAGAGGAGUUCCCAGACCUAGUACCUCAAGUUCAGGGUAUCAUCGAGAGGGCCAAUGGGUCCCGUGAUAAAUGA